AUGGCGGCCCGUGUAUUUUUGUUGACGUUUCUAUUGGUGGUGAUUUUACAUCAUUCUCAGGUUGCUGGAUAUUACUGUGAUAGUGACAGAUGUGGUGAUGAUGAAUAUUGUUGUGGCUACAACAUUUGCUGCAAAUCAUAUAAAGUCUGGGAACUUUGGUACUUUUGGUUUGGUAUUGCGAUUAUCCUUAUUUUGUUGGUUAUCUUUGGUUGCUUUUGGAAAUAUCAGCAAAACAAUAACUAUUUGACAAUCAGUUCAGAAAUUCCCUAUACUGCACUCCCACAUGGCUCUGUAAAUCCUGCUCCCGCUGACUCCUUCAAAUCUGUCUAUCCUCCCGAUGGAAAUGGUGGUUACUACACACGACUAAUGUCACCCUCACAGCAGCUGGCCUUCAACAACCCAGGUAACCAAAUACAUCCAGUUCUUGGUGUUUGCCUUUUGGUCUUGUUCUUUUCUUGUUCCGGAUUUUUUCUCUUCUCUAAGGUAUUAGGUCUUUUGGUAAGUAGCUUGAUGUUUGCCUUUUGGUCUUGUUCUUUUCUUGUUCCGGAUUUUUUCUCUUCUCUAAGGUAUUAG